CAAGUAUUCAGGAUACUGCUAGCAUGUCUUGUGUGGCAUAGCAGUCCACAACACAACUCCCGGCUAGUUAGGAAGGAGAUGCCCGUCUGAUCGUAACGGGCAGCCUUUCAAAGUGUCGGCUCUGGAAUCGACCAUCAUGUCUGCCAAAGCUCCGUACAUCCUCCCGCCGACUGCGGUGGACUCGUCUUCCGGUCGGCCCGCAACGUUGAUAUUCCUUCAUGGCUACGAUGACGAGGCAGAGGGCCUUCCGUUGGGUCUGGCGCAACAGUUCCAGUUCUACCAAAAGAUGCCUUAUUUGAAGUGGAUCCUGCCGAACGCGGAUCACAACCAUGAAGCAAUGGCAAGAGCGUGGUACCUGCCCAAAGCUCUACCUAACGCAAUGAAACCACGUAUCCCGGGCCACGAGGAAGACGAGGAAGGUGAACCCGACGACGAAGAAGGUAUAAUGAAGAGCGUGGACAUUGUUGACAAACUCGUUGAAGAAGAGUUGAAGGGUGGAACUCCGCCGGAGAGAAUCCUCGUCGGUGGGUUCAGUCAAGGCUGUGCUGUCAGCCUGGUAUGGAGUCUGGUGGGACGACUCAGGCACGACGUGGCCGGACUUGUUUGUUUGAGUGGUUACCUGCCGCUGAAAGACAGGAUCCAAGCGUUGCAGCAAGAAAGACCCGCUGCAAGCCCAGAAGGAACAGACAAAAGGAGGUGGUUCUACGUACAUGGGACGAGAGACAUGCUGGUCCCGAAGAGACUGUAUCUGCAAGGAAAGGAGGAAUUGUCUCGCUUGGUAGGUCAAGAUCGUAUCGAGGAACAUUUAUACGAGGGAAUGGGUCACUCAACGAACGCUGCCGAGUUGAGGGACUUGUUGACGUUUUUGGAACGGGUCAUUCCGGCAUGAAGCUGUGUAUGGAAUGAUCAAAGGCAUGCCCGCGGCCAUAGGUAGGAAGAGAGACUGUUCAUGAGUGACAAAGACUUGGGACGGAGUAGACUUGAGAGAGAAGAACAUGGUAGACAGUUAGGUAAGCGAGGUGCAUAACCUCAUAGAAUAGGUAUAUUGACUACCAUUGUUGCAAUGUCAAC